GGAGUGUUAAAAUUGUACAUCUAAGAACAAAAUAGAUAUGGAGGGGAGUAACAAGGCUGCUAUGGAGGGGAUUCGUAAGGCUGCUAGAGCUUAUUUUGACAAUCAGUCCGAUAGGAAAAAGAAAAACGCCAGAAAAGCUUUCAAAGCCAUGGAUAAGGACGGAGACGGGCAAAUUAGCCUACCUGAAUACGAGGAGUAUCUCAAGAAAAAAAAAGCCAAUGAUUUCGUUCAUACGAGCAUCUUUAGGGCGCUGGACAAGAACGCCAAUGAAAGCUUGGAUUUUGGGGAAGCAAUCGUCUUGUUCUACCUCAUGCAGAGUGGAAGAGCUCUAAUUUGCAAGUCUUGUAAUAUUUUCUUGGCAGGAGCAUACUUCAGUUGCUCUCAAUGUUUCUUCAAUGAUUCAGUUAGCACCUAUGAAAUUUGUUGUGCUUGUUAUGGUGGUGACAAUUUCACACACCACGAUGAUGCCGUCUUCUGCGAUCACUAUACUUUACUACGUCAAAGCAGGAGCGCGGUACAAGCGGCGCCCCCCAUGAGGAAGCGAGACAAGGCGCUUCAAAUCCUUAAAAAGGGACUGCUAGCUGCUAGCGUCAGUACUAGUGUUCUUGAAUGCAUAUCUAAUGGUGAUGAUGAUGACGAUUCAUCAAAAUUUAGCUGUAGCAUUAUGUGAAAGAAACCAAUGAUGCAUUUUAUCACCAGUCAAAUGCUUCAAUCGUACUGUAAUUGCUGAUGAGGUAAGAACAAAUGACUGGAAACUCUUCAAGUAAAGCUCACAUCCAGUAGAGAAUAAGCUCAAGUUACUAUUAUGGAGUUGUAUUUUUGUGUUGCAAUUGUAUUCUCAUGCAUUCGUUCUCCAUAUUCUCAUGUGUACUUUUGGAGGGCAUUGUGAAUUUGUUACUUUAAUCUUAAGCUGCUCUUAUGUAAAAUCAUGUGAUUAAUGAAGCUUAUCUAGCAAAAUCAUUGAGUA